AUGUUCACUACUUAAAUAAUCUGCCAGCACAAGACACAUGUAUUACAGCUUUAAGACAAAGAUAUUUCUAGGAUAAAAUGUUAGGUUGGUUCAAUGGAAAGACAAAAGCUUCCAAUGCCAUGUCUAUUGUUGAGCUUGCGGUACACAUGGAUUGUGAAGGAUGCGAAAAGAGGAUACGAAGAGCAAUCUCAAAAAUAGAUGGGGUAGACAGCUUGGAAAUCGACAUGGAUAAGCAGAAGAUAACAGUGAGAGGAUAUGUGGAGGAGACGAAAGUGCUGAAAGUAGUGAGGAGAACUGGGAGGAAAGCCGAGUUUUGGCCGUUCCCAUACGACACCGAAUACUAUCCUUAUGCUUCCCAGUAUUUGGAUGAAUCUACAUAUACAUCUUCUUAUAACUAUUACAGGCAUGGAUUUAACGAAAGCGUGCAUGGCUAUUUCCCACACCAACCUUACACAACUGUUCCUGAUCAGACAGUUCAUCUCUUUAGUGAUGAUAAUGUUCAUGCUUACUGCAAUGUUAUGUGAUACACUUUUGUUUUAAUAUAUCAUCCUCUUG